CAUAUUCCAGCUUUAUCUGUAGGUCUCCUCAAAAAAAUAUAAAGACAUUCCAAGCCGUUAAUGUGUCUGCAAUAAAAGAGAAUACAUGUAGUUCGGGGUUCAACUGUUGGGUUCUUGAUGCUCUCUGAAGGAAUUUGGACUCCUCUAUAUUCUUUUCUGAAAAGUCAGGUCUAGGAACUCUGUCAGUCCUUGGGAAAUAAUGAGAAGGAACUCUUCCUGUGUGGGCAAAGAAAGCAGUAGGGGGGAAAAACUGGUUAUGUGUUGCCACCUUGUGGGAGAAAAAUACAAACCUCCUACAAAUUCAAAUUAGGAUCCCAAAUAUCUGAUCCCAUACUCCCAAAAGUCUCAGCCAGAAUACCAUUGGUGAGGAAUCUUGGGAGUGAUUGUUCAGGAGGCUUCCUAGCCCUGCAUUGUAAAAAAAGAAAUAUUGUCCAGAGAUGGGGCACAUUUCUGCUUGCCCAAGAUGUCUAAAAUUAAAGCAGGAUGUGACACAAAGGUUUAGCAUUUUUUCAUUAGUUCCAGCUACUACUGAAGCCUCUUUGUGAACUCUCCAUCUCUUCAUUCAGUUCUCCAAAGAGUUGCUCUUUGUAAUUGCAGGUCAGAAGAUGGUGUGAAGGCAGGAAGAUUCCACCUAGGUUUCUGGUGCUUCAUUCAACAUGGCAGUGCCAGUAGCGUGAUUCAUUUUUAAUAGGCAGCUGGAAAGGGUCUGAAAGAAACAGUGCAAACAUAGAAAAAUAUCCAUGAGUAUUGAGUGGGUAAAAAUAGCUGACAGUAAAAAUUAAAAGAUUAGAUUAGAGUUAUACACAAAAGUGUGUUGAAUGGUGGUGAAUCAGAUUUAUUUCUUUGAUUAGCAUAUUUUUGUAUGUAAUUAUAUUUAUCCCAUUUCUGUAUGCCCAUUGUGGGAUAAAAAAAAAUAGAUCUCUGCUCUGAAGAGCUUAAAACAAUUAAAUUGCUUAAAGAUAUUCCUAUGAGUUCAAGGUCCGCACCAGACUUGGCUUUUGAAAAGUAGGUGAUCCAAGGCCUAUUUUGAUGGAGUAUCAGGAGUUUUAAUGAAUGAAAUGAAUUAUUUAAAUAUUUGCAGGUCUUAGGACUCCCAUUUUGCCCUUAAAAAAAUCCCCAAAAUGAAAAAGGUCACCUAUUUUGGGCAUUCUGAGGGCGAUAAAAGGAACCACUAGUGAUGUUGCUCCAAGAAAUCCAUUCUUUGCACCCUUAGUUUACAAUCCAAAAUUUUUGCAGAUGAAAGGUAGAUAGAACUGUUUUUUUUUAAAGGAAAGUGGACUGCUGAGAUCAUCCACACCAUAAUAGUUCCCCAUGUGGAAAAUUUUAAUCUAAGACUUUUCUAUGAGAAUAUUCAGUUCCAAGUCUAGGUGAAGCACUUUUAAAUAUAUAAAUAUUAAUAGAUAUUCUGUCAUGAGUGUAAACCUGACACAUACUUAAGAGGUUACUGCUCUCCAAUACAUGAAGGUUCUAUGAUUAUUUCAUGAAAUAUUGUUAGAUGCAGUUGGGAAUAACAUAAUACAAUGAAUAAUAAUGUUUGUAUUCUGUUGCAAAAUUUAUGUUUAAUUUGGGUGUUGCUAUUCUUAGUUAAUGUUAGAGGAUUUGCUUUUUAAAAAUUUACUGGCAGUUACAGAUACAUUGGGAUAGAACCAUGGAAAUAUCCAUAUAACAUUCUAUUAAUGUAGCAGACCGAUUGCAAGAAGAUUUAAUUUUUAAAAAUGCAAUAUAUACCUUUGCCAGGCCAGUCACAAACAAAAAAGGUAUCUAAUUAGGAGCUUCUUCAGCACUUUUAUUUAAAUGGAUUGAGACACUUAUUGAAAGAAAUUUGUAGUCCAGGAAGGACUUCUCAUACUGGUACAACAAGCAAGGGACAUAACUGGGACCAGAAGCUUGCAAGAAUGAAAACUGGUCUUCCCAUUCAAGAAAUGGAAUUGGGUUCCUGAGCUGUGUCUUUGUAUUUUAGGUAGGAUGGAGUGGAGAGUUGAUCGGUCAAGGCACAGAUUAGACAGAACUCCCUCUUCCCGCAGGAGUUUGCCUGUCCAACAAGCACGAUUCAGGGAGUCGGGUUUGUGGAGUACCUUAACUAUACUAUCACUGUUUGCUGGGACACUCAUCACAACUUCGGGAUGUCUGGUCAGCUCUGCCUCUAAGCAACAAAGCCGCAUUGAACCACAAUCUCUGGCUGCAUGGAACCAGCAGAGUGUGAAAAACAUAAGCAUUCGAGACUUGAGCACAUCAGGAUUUCUCAGGUUUGAGCGUUCCCGACCACGCUCAAGAUUUGCCAGGAGAAACUCCAGAAUGCCUGCAAAUGGUCGUUGUCGCUUACAUAGCCUCUCAAUCAAAGUGCAGGAUCUGGGGCUUGGCUAUGAAACGAAGGAGUUUGUUUUGUUCAAUUAUUGCAGUGGGACAUGUGACCGCACUAACUAUGAUGAAGUCAUGAAUUAUAUCAUGCGGCAAGGUGUUAUUGGGGCCAAGUAUAAGAAUUCUGUUUCUCAAGUUUGCUGCCGACCUAUCAAGUAUGAGAACUUCUCUUUCCUGGAUGUGUACAAUGUCUGGCAAACUGUGCAUAAAGGUUCAGCAGUUGAAUGUGAUUGUGUGGGCUAAAUAUGUUAUCUGUUCAGAGCUCCCGGGGUUUAUGAAUUGACAUAUCCUUGUUCAUGCUACAGAGAGAUCAUAAAAGAUAGAUAUAAGAGAUCAUAGACAGCCAAUUUGGCCUAGUGGUUAAGGCAUCAGGCUAGAAAGUGGGAAAUGGUGAAUUCACAUUCCACCUUAACCA